CCUCCAGCACGCUCCGCACAUCCCCACUAGCCAUCAUUUCCCCCACAUGUGUGACCCUCUGUGUCGCAGGUAAACAGGUUCUCCGAGAAACUUUUCCGCUGGUUUAUCUGGUUCCGGGAUUCAAACAUGGCGUCCGCCGUGCUGAAGGUUGCAGUGGCAGGUCUUUCCAAAUGUUCUCGUCUCACUCUCGUGAGGGCACAUUCAAUGACGGCAGCCCUCCAUCAGGGCAUUCCUGGCUCGUUGUGGAAACUCGGGAGGCUGAACCACAUUGCCAUCGCUGUCCCUGACAUGGAGAAGGCCACGGCUCUGUAUCGGGAUGUGCUGGGGGCCACAGUCAGUGACAAGGUGCCCCUGCCUGAGCACGGCGUCUACACAGUGUUUGUGGAGCUUGGCAACACCAAACUGGAGCUGCUGCAUCCUCUUGGGGAGAAAAGCCCAAUCGCUGGUUUCUUACAGAAGAACAAGUCUGGAGGGAUGCACCACAUCUGUAUUGAGGUAGACGACAUUAAUGCUGCAAUCGUCGACCUGAAAGCGAAGAACAUCAGAACUCUGUCAGCAGAGCCCAGAAUAGGUGCUCACGGGAAACCAGUGAUGUUUCUCCAUCCUAAAGACUGUGACGGUGUGCUGGUGGAGCUCGAAGAAGCGUAAACACCUCAGUUUGACAGGAGAACAUUAGGAGAACAAUUAAUUCCUAAUUAUGUAUUCUACAGUCAGUUUGAGAAUCACGAUGACAACAAAUGUCCAUUUUGUAAUGUUGUUCUUUAUAGAACCUCAGAAAGGUGCCUCAGAGUUGCUCUUCCUGUUCACUUUCAAUGCUGUUCUUGCCUCUUCCCGUUUUGUUGGUAAUAAAUUAUGAUAUGAUGUG